AAAAUGGAUCGAGCACUAGACUUUGUAAAAAUGGUAGUUGGUACCUUAUUUUUCAUAGUUCUAAAUUUCUUCAAAAACUUCUUACCUAAUGGAGUGCUCCCACGUAAAUCAGUCGAAGGAAAGAAAGUUUUAAUUACUGGUUCUGGAAGUGGUAUAGGAAGGCUUAUGGCUCUGGAAUUCGCGAAACUCGGAGCUGAAGUUGUAAUCUGGGAUGUCAACAAGGAUGGUGCAGAGGAAACAAAAAAUCAAGUUGUAAAAGCUGGAGGAAAAGCGAGCACAUUUGUGGUUGAUCUGUCACAAUACAAAGAUAUUCACAAAGUUGCGAAGGAAACUAAAGAAGCUGUUGGAGAUAUUGAUAUUUUGAUUAACAAUGCUGGAAUUGUUACAGGAAAGAAACUUUUUGAUUGUCCCGAUGAGUUGAUGGAGAAAACAAUGGCAGUUAACACCAAUGCUCUAUUCUAUACAGCCAAAAACUUCCUUCCAUCCAUGUUGGAAAAAGACAACGGACACUUAGUAACAAUUGCAUCAAUGGCUGGAAAGACUGGAUGCGUAGGACUAGUUGAUUAUUGUGCUUCAAAGCACGGAGCAAUUGGAUGCCAUGAUUCAAUUGCCAUGGAGAUUUUGGCUCAGAAGAAAUACGGAGUCAAUACUACUUUAGUCUGCCCAUUUUUCAUUGAUACAGGAAUGUUCCACGGAGUCACAACUAAAUGCCCAGCCUUGUUCCCAAUUCUCGAAGCCAAUUAUGCUGUUGAGUGUAUCGUGGAGGCAAUCCUCACAAACCGACCACUCUUGUGCAUGCCAAAGGCUUCCUACCUAAUUCUUGCCCUUAUCGGACUUCUUCCAAUUGAAUCACAAGUCAUGAUGGCUGACUUUUUCGGAACAAACGAAUCAAUGAAUGAUUUUAAAGGAAGACAAAAAAAUGAUUAACGAGUUAAUAAGUAAUAAAUUCAGUAUUAAAAUCUCUGAUAUUCAGAGAAUGUUUCAAUCUUUCGUGUACUUUAAUUCUCCAUAUAAAACGUGCCAAUAUGAAAUAAACAAUUUUGUAAUUUU